CUCUUACAUAUCCAUGCCGCUGCAGCUAGGCACAGCUGCAUUUGUGUGUUGAUCUGCUGUCCCUGCCAUUGAGGCCUUAAUUACUUGGCCCAAUCAACACCCUGCAACCGUGCUAGUUUCUUGUCGCGAUCUGUCCGUAUGCCUCAUAAAGAACAUUACUUACGAACCAUCGCACCCGGUAGCUGGCUCUGCUUGAUUAAAUCACAGCGGUCAUUACACAGCAAUCAAGGAGACUGGAUGAGUUCUCCUUUCUUUUGCCGGUCUGAUCGGAGGAGACUCAGACCUGGUAAUGAGAGCUCAAAGCCUUGUGCGAGUCGACUGGUCAAAUCUGCCCAAGUUCCGGCAAUGACACAAGUGGAAGAUUUUUGUCUCUGUUUUGAUCCGAAGAAAGAUUUUAUAAGCAGAUGGCUGCUGAUUCGCAAAGUUUGCGAGGACUGCGUCUGGCAAGAUACGAGAGAGCUUUGUGAGCAGAUGCGAGCUUUGAGGGCUGUGUCACUCAAGCCUGUGUUUGACAGUGUAGAGAGAUGCCUCUCCGCUACGAAGGAACGGCUAGACGCAAACUUAGCUCAACAGCUUCUGCAUUUCCUGGAAUCAGCCGCAGAUGUGCUCGACAUGAUGGACGUGGGUCAAAAUAUGAUACGACGGCAAAAGGCGUAUCUCAGCUUGUUGGUUGAUAUUGCAACGGAACGUGAUAUUGAGAUAGCAGGGCAUCUUGGAGAAAUGUUUGAUGAUGCGGAUACUGAGCAUGCGUUUUGUGCAUGGUUAAACCUGCAGAGGGGUGCGAUGUCUAGUUUGAAAGACAACGUGCAGCGUAGAACGAACCUAAAAAUCGUAAUAUAAUCAACAGUAUCUGUGCACUUAGCUCUAGGAAUGGGUAAUUGUGUAUGUGACGCUGAACGUUCUCAGCGGUUGUCAAUCGUGACCAUGACAACGUGAUAUAUUGAUCGAAAUGAUCAAGGGAAAGGUGUGUUUGUCCCAAUGACGUCGGUGAGUGUUUAGGCAAAGCCAGGCUGCCAAUUGGAAGGGUCUGCUGCUGGGAAUUUCGUUGCUAGUCCUCUCCUUGAAGGCCUCAAGGCCCGUGCUAGCAUGAGGGCGACGUGUGUGACCCUGAGAGGCGCAGACCAAAGCUCACAUAUCUUUACCCGUUUCACCACACUCGCUACCUACUUCUUUCAUAGCUG